AUGGCCUUUACGCUACGCAAGAAGAGCGGUGCCACCAAAUCGUUUCACAGGUACUAUCACGAUAUCAAGCUCGAAUGCGGAUUUGACGUGAAGGUACUACGCAGUGAAAAUGGCACUGAGUACCGAAAUGACGAUAUGACUAGAUUGUGUCGGCAAAAGAUGAUCAAACAGGAGUUCACAGUGCCCUACGAUCCGGAGCAGGAUGGCAUGGCAGAGCGACUGAACCGCAUACUGGAUCAAGAUGACGCGUUGUACGCUGAGCGAGGCUAA